AUGGCGGCGGUGGCAAUCUUAAGUAUUCAACGACAAAUUAUUUUUGAUGCGUCAAUUGCGCACUAUGAAGCGCAUGCUCAUCUCCCGUAUGCUUCAUCAACACUCAACAACAGCGAUGAAAUAAGAAUUGCCGUUCAACAUCAAGAUUUGUGUCUACUUCCACGUAAGAGUACACUACAUAUGUACGGAAAAUUCACAAAGUCUGAUGGUACAGCUGUAAGUGCAACUACUCACAUGGUCAACAUGUCAGUCUGUCAUAUGUUUGAAGAAAUAUGCUACGAGCUCAAUGGUGUUGAGAUUGAUCGUAAUAAAAAUGUCGGUAUCACAAGUCUCAUGAAAGGAUACACAUCACUGUAUCCUGCUCAACAAAAUACACUCGAGAACUCAGGCUGGAUUGUAGAUGAAGCUGUAAACAAAUUACACAAUGACAAUAGCUACUUUGAUGUAUCUAUACCACUGAGUCUUUUGCUUGGAUUUGCUGAAGAUUACCACAAAGUUGUCAUCAAUGAAAAGCAUGAAUUAAUCAUAAUAAGAUCAAAUGCUGAUUUGAAUGUCUACGUUGUGGCCACACCUGCUGCUGGAGUUCAUACUGAAGCUGUUAAAAUUACGCUGCAAAAAAUCGAGUGGAUUGUACCAUAUGUGACUAUGGUUGAUAAACAAAAAAUUGAAGCUUUGAAUUAUAUCACAAGUGAUCCAGCUAUCUCAAUCAGUUUUCGUGCUUGGGAGCUGUACGAGUAUCCUCUAUUGCUAAAUACUUCGAAGCACAUUUGGGCAGUAAAAACUUCUACGCAUCUUGAGAAAUCACGUUUUGUGAUACUUGGAUUUCAAACAGCAAGAAAAAAUGACGAAACUAAAAAUUCCAGCGUAUUUGAUCAUUGCAACAUCAGAGAUAUAAAAUUAUUUUUAAACUCUCAGAGUUAUCCUUAUGUACUACAUAAGGAUAACAUUUUGUUCAGCCAAUUUUUUUAA